AUUUUUUCCACCCACGGGUAAAGGUGUUUUUUUUACCCAUCCUACUUUAAUCCGUGGGCUGGACUUAAAUCACAUGCCCUACUCACACAAACACAAGACCUCCCUUACCCCCCAAAUCACACACACGUGUGGCAUACAUCGAUACUUAUGUGUGCUAACCUCUUCUAACACUAUAUCCAGAGCCUUACAGCAAAGUGAAGUGUCACCAGUUACCUCCUGUGCCCUGUGACCUAAUUUGCCCUAAUCAGAUCAACUUAGAUCCUGGCUCCCUUUCGCUUUCUGUAUUGUCAUCCCCAGUACAGUCACAUUUAACCGAAGAGGCAGAUUUCCUCUUCUCAGUCCCCCCUCUGCAGCAUUGUCUUUUGUUUAAGCCCCUUGCUGAACUGCUGCUCAGUGUGCUGAGCAGAGAGGAGAUCCCCUCGCUUUGGCAGCAGCAACAGGACGUCCGGUGCGGCGGCUCCUCAUUUGGAUCACUGAAAGGUGCUACAGAACUCCGGGCUGUGCAUUUUACAAUAAGUUACCAUGAGUUCUCGGGAGGGAGCCCGUCAGUCCUCAUCAGUGGAGCAGCCGGCAUCCCCUACAGAAUCUCCGAAGCGAGGACGAGGGAGACCCCGGAAACAACAAAAAGAGCCAACUGCUGGAGAACCCACUCCUAAAAGACCCAGAGGAAGACCCAAGGGAAGCAAAAAUAAGAGCCCCUCAAAAUCAGCACAGAAGAAAGAAGAGGCAACCGGGGAAAAGCGACCACGAGGACGUCCUAGAAAAUGGCCACAAAAAGAGGAACACAAAAAGCCAGUUCAGGAAGAAACUUCCUCACAAGAAUCUGAAGAAGAUUAGAACAACAGUCAGCUGAACAUCUACCUCAACCAGCAGUUGGGUCUCUUAGACUCAGAUUCAGCAUUAUUUUUAAAUGAAUCUGGGCCUUAGAAAGGAAAAGACACUGCCUUGACCACUUCAUUUCUACUACAACAGUCUUUCCACUUUUUUCUAGGGGAUGGGGGGGGGAAUCACACUUUUUUUUGUUCAAGGACUUUGUUGAUCACUUUCAUUGUAAUCCCUUCAGAGUCCCAGGUUUAGUGAACAAAAACUGCUGUAAGAUAGGGGAUGCAGAUUAAUGAUCACUUUUUAAUGCUGUUGGGGUUUUUAAUCUUAACCUACUAAUAGUUAUUGUUGUUAAGAAAGGGUGUGUGGGUCAAAGAUUUCUGAAUCAGGUUUAGUUACUCACUGCACUGCACUGCAUACAGACAAGAAAACCUGCAACAAAUGGUAUACAAAAUAAUGGGCAUUCUUUUGGGAAAGGCUUGGUGUGCACCACUGUGUAGGCCUUAAAUAAAGCCACACCAACCCACUCCCUAACUUAGCAAACUCCCUGGUAGAACACCAAAGAUAAGGGAUAUAUACUAUUCUUCUUGCAAGCUUCUUGUAGACUUUUACUUGAUAUUCUUCUUUUACUUUUAUGUCAGAAAAGAACCUGGGUCCAGAGAUAAUCUAAUUAAUUUACUGAUUUAAAAAAACAAUACUACGUUUAACCAGCAUCCCCUAAUAGUUGUAAAACAAAAAAAAAUGUUAUUAUAAUCCAAAACAAAAAAAAUGAAAAAUUACCAUAUGGCUCCUGGACAAAAAAAAAAAAGUAAAAACUUUUGGAGCCAUUUUAUUAAGCAUGAGAUUAUUAAAAACUAUACAUAUUUAGAUUGUCCGAAAACACAAGCAGUAUUUGGAUUUUUUAAAGUUCUUUAAAUAUGUGACAUGUGACACAACUUACCAUAAAGUAUGUUUACAGACACAAAUUGAAAUUAAAGCUCAGUUUUAUGGUUCUUUUCCUAAGACCUCUCCAAACCUCUCUUCAAAAGCCUGCAGUUACACUGAGCUAGCAAUGCACUUACUCUGAGGUAAGGGGCAUUGGCUUAGAAUGGAUUGAUGGUUACAUGGUUUUUACAUAUAACAUGGUGCUCAGAGUAAUUUACAUUUAAACAGAGACGUUCUUUAAGGGUUUCUGAGGAGAGGUUUGUCAUCCACAGCUUUACAUUACAUUUGGCUAAGAGUUUUAGCCAGUUUUGUAGUGCCUUUUAUCAUUAAAAUUGUUGCCAAGUAUUGCAGUUGUUGAUCUACUCAAAUACAUAAUUUUGAGGUGAAUCACAAACCUCAUAGGAACUAGACUGUCUUUGAAUACUAUAGCUAUUUGGCAGCUGUGGUUACAAGUUAAAUAUGCUUGAACAAUAUCUAAGGGAAUGGACUUUCCUCAGUCCUUUGCUGUCAUAUAACCAUCACCAUUUACCUCAGAGAUAAGUGAGCUUGAAUACUUAAUUGAACAAUAUAUAUAUAUAUAUAUAUAUAUAUAUAUAUUUUUACAUAGGAUACAAGGGUAAACCAUGCCCAAAUGCCUUACGUCAAAGGUCACACAGCACCCAUUUUAUAGUCUCCUCAAUGUGUUGGCCAUUUACAUAUGUGUACACAAAAAUAUUUAAGAAGCUGUUGACUCAAAUAUGAGAACAUUUAAAACGUUUUUUGAAUAUCAUACAUCCAAAAUGUUAAUGUUUUUAAAGAUAACAAGCUUCUAAUCAUUUUUAGAUUUUUAGACUAUAUUUUAGAAAAGAAGGUGAACAGAUAGUGAACCUCAGAUUCACUGUAUAAUUUGCCUGGUAAAGCAGCCAUCUUUCUGAUCAGCAUGUUCUCAAAAUAAUAUUAUAAGUUUAAAAUGGCUGCAUCCCAAGUAAAGUCAGGAUACCUCAGUCAUCUUGUUUAACAUUUCAUUUAGAUGGCUUCUAAAAAAGACAUGAAAACUGUUUAAUAUUUAAGGGGCACAUGUUAAAAGUGGGCUUUGCCCAAAAUUUUAGCAAUAGUCAUUUUUCCCCACUAUUCAAGACUACCUCUGAUUUUCAUAUGUUUCUCUACAGCCCAAUAAAAUGCUGCUAUAUUCAUUACAUUGCAGAAUACUAUAUUAUGGCAGUUAUUUGCCAAUACUUAACAUUUCUGUAAUAUCUACUUAAACAUCUAAUUUCAAUUAUGAAAGCAAUAUCUUUUAAUUCUUCAGCAUGAUUAUUUUUUUUGUUUCUUUUCAUUUUCAUCUUUGUACUUAAUCAUUUAGAUUUCUGUAUAAUGUACUGUUAACUUGAAUAUAUUUUUGUAUUGAAUUUCUCUAGGUUAUAAGGAUAAAUCUUCUACGACACUAAACAAUUUAGAACGUUUUGCUAUAAUGUUUAACUAUUACUGUCCAUAUUGGUACCUCAAAUGUUGUUUUGUUAAGAAAUGGAUUGUUUGAACGACAAAGACCUACAGUACCUCCAGACUACAAAUAGAACAAAGUAUACAACAUUCAGAAUACACUUUUAGGCCUGCAACUAAUCCCUUCUUAAUGUAUUUUUGUAGUACAUCCUUUGAAAUAAACACAUAUAAAUCAAUAUUUACUAAGCAGUGCUAUGUCACAGCACACUUUAGCAUGGAUGAAAAGUAUAUUAUGGCAUGGCACAAAUUACUAAAUAGAAGCCGUGAUCAGAACCUUCAUAUAAACUUGAAUCAUUGCAAGCAGAAAGAUGCUAUUUUGGCAUCUGCAUAAUGCAAUCAAUUGUAUGUGUUUAUUGUGGAUUGUAAAGAAAAUACUAUUUUCAUAUAUUUUACACAAAUGUGAUUUUUAUAUUGAGUUUCUUCUGAAUUUAUUUUAAAUUUUAGUAGAGUUUUAUCUUUCUCUCUUUUUUUUAGCCAGUAUUUACUCAUUUUAACAAUGCAUUACUAACAGGGCAGAAAGAGUUCCUCAGGAGUGCUAAUACCAGUGUCUGACUUUUCUUUUUCUUUUAACAUAUGUAUACAGUCCUAGUUCAUCAAGCUUUCAUACUAAAUCCAAUAUAUUAUACCUGUAUGUAUUUCAAUUCAAUUCCACACAUUUUUCAAACUUUUUUAAUGAUCCAUUACUUCCAGCUUUUGUUUUAUUUUUUUUUAAUUAACCAAGAGAUCUGGAACAGUCAUUGAUUUUUUCCCCCUAAGGGGAAACGCAACAAUUUAAUCACAGAUGCUAAAUGAGAAAAAAAAAUCUUGUGCUUUAAAGGGACAUAAUACUCAUAAGCUAAAUCACUUGAAACUGAAGCAGUAUAACUGUAAAAAGCUGACAGGAAAAUAUCACCUGAGCAUCUCUAUGUAAAAAAGGAAGAUAUUUUACCUCACAAUUUCCUCAGCUCAGCAGAGUAAGUUCUGUGUAAAAAGUUAUACUCAGCUGCUGUCCAGCUGCAGGUAAAAUAAAAUAUGAAGAAAUGAACAGCAGCCAAUCAGCAUCAGCAGUGCUGAGGUCAUGAACUCCUUUACUGUGAGCUCAUGAGAUUUCACUUAAAGGGACAUAAUACUCAUAUGUUAAAUCACUUGAAACUGAUGCAGUAUAACUGUAAAAAGCUGACAGGAAAAUAUCACCUGAGCAUCUCUAUGUAAAAAAGGAAGAUAUUUUACCUCACAAUUUCCACAGCUCAGCAGAGUAAGUUAAAGUUAUACUCAGCUGCUGCCCAGCUGCAGGUAAAAAAAUAAUAAAACAGCAGCCUAUCAGCAUCAACAGUGCUGAGGUCAUGAACUCUUUUACUGUGAUCUCAUGAGAUUUUACUUAACUCUCAUGAGAUUUGACUUAACUCUCAUGAGAUUUCAUAGUAAACUUCCUUUAAACUGAAUAUGGAAAUAACAUGAGAGUGCACGAGGCUCAACCCCUUAGCUGUCCCGGGACAGACAUACUGAUUUGCUGCUUAGAAGUCCUUUACAAUGGGAUGUGGUUACUGAGGAACUUUUGAAGGUAAAAUAUCUUUCUUUUUUACAUAGAGAUGUUCAGGUGAUAUUUUCUAGUCAGCAUUUUACAGCUAUGCUGCAUCACUUUCAAGUGUUUCAACAUUUGGGUAUUAUGGCCCUUUAACUCUCAUGAUAUUUCAUAGUAAACUUCCUUAAACUGAAUAGGGAAAUAAGAUGAGUGUGCAUGUAAGCUCACUCUCUUAGCUGUCCUGGGACAGACAUACUGAUUUGCUGCUUAGAAGUCCUUUACAAUGGGAUGUGGCUACUAAGGAAUUUUUGAGGUAAAAUAUCUUUCUUUUUUAUAUAGAGAUGUUCAGGUGAUAUUUUCUAGUCAGCUUUUUACAGCUUCACUUUCAAGUGUUUCAACAUUUGGGUAUCAUGGCCCUUUAAUGAAUUGCUUUAUAUAUUUGUAAUAUUUGAGACAACAAUUCUGAGAAUGUUCCACAUCACUCAAAAUAUUGCCAUUAAAUUUUGUGUUUAGAAAUUGUUGAUUUACAUAAGGUAUAUGUAUAUAUCACUUGGGUUACUGUAUACCUGCCAACAGAAUACCUGUCUACAGCGUGAUAAGGACUAUAUUCUAAUUUCUUUCUGGCUUCUGCCUGUUUGCAAAUCUAAAGGUAGAAAAAUUGUGACUCUUUGCACUGAUAAGUGUUGACCUGGCAACAAUAUGUUGUUUACAACAAGGAAGAUUGGACCUGGCUCAUACAUCAAGCCCUGAGGAGAUUUGAGCUCUGUUAAAUCUAACUAUGUUUAUUUUCCUAUAUGUUUUAGUACAAUCACAAAAAGACAUUACUACCUCUUAGGGCUUUCUAUACCUCAUUUUUCAGACUGAAUUAAAGCAGCUUGUGGCCACUCAGACAGAGAGAACAUUAUAAUUUUUUAUACAUAUAGUUUAUUUUUGUGGGAGAUAAAUUUUAUAAAACUGUUCUUUGCUGUUCUUGGCCACUGCUAUAUAAGACUGGACAUUUUGCCGCUAUUUCAAUAGGGCGGAAAAUAUCAAAAUGCUUAACUGAAGUUUGCUAUUAUUUCUAUUCUUUGAGUGUUUUCUAACUUUGUUGCUUUGCUUCUUGCAUAGACUAUUGUCUAUGAUUGUACUUUGAAUUGCUUGUUGAACAUAUUUCUUAAAUUGAUUAUCACAGUCUGUCAAACACAAUAAACAUAAUAGCCUCUUUUAUUCCAA